AUGUUUAUCAAGAAGUUGUACCAAAUUGGGUACAAUACUGCAGUUACCACAGCGACAGCGAACACAUCCACAGGUCAUCGUGAAUAUGUUUUUUUGCCAACUGCAAGAGUUAAAAUAACUGCAACUAAUGGAAAUACAACAUCAUUACUAAACUCUGGUUCACAAGUGAACAAAGUCUCUGAGCGUCUUGCCAGAAGGCUCAAUACAUCAAAAACAAAAUCGUUAUUGUGCAUAGAAGAAGUCGAAGCGUUUGUGCUUCCAAACAUAGUUCCACCUCAACCAAGUUCCAGCUAUGAUAUUUCCAAAUGGAAGGUUCGGGACAGCAUUCCGUUAGCAGAUCCAACAUUUUUCCAACAAAGGAAAAUUGAUAUUUUACUCGGUGCGGAGUUCUAUUUCAGUCUGAUAAAAAAGGGUAAAAUCACGCUUGCUCCUGGGCUUCCAGUCUUGCAAAAUUCUACAUUUGGCUGGAUUGACAGUGGCAAGGUUGCAUCAAAUACAGACACAUCAAACGUUUUAUGUGCAGUUUUUGGCGGUGGGGUGGAGGCUGUUGAUAAUAAUUCAUCGUUAGAAGAUGCAAUUGAACGAUUAUGGCGAGUGGAUGAGGUGAAUACAACAGAAAGGACAUUAUCCAAAGAAGAAAAAUUAUGCGAAUCUCAUUUUGUUCAGAACGUCCAUACAAAUAAAGAAGGACGUUUUGUGGUAAGGUUGCCGUUUCUGGAAAACUCAUUGACGUUAGGGGAAUCUCAAGAAACAACUUGGAGAAGGUUCAUCAUUCUUGAACGACGACUAGCAAAAAAUGAUGUUUUGCGGAAACAAUAUGUGCAGUUUAUGGAAGAGUAUGAGCGAUUGGGUCACAUGACUGAAGUAAACCUGGAUUCCAUGUUGACUCCAAGAUAUUUCAUUCCUCAUCAUUGUGUACUAAAACCAGAUAGUACAACUACUGAACUUCGAGUGGUGUUUGACGCAUCAGAUAAAACUACAUCUGGACACUCGUUGAAUGAUUUAAUGUUUAACGGACCGACAGUUCAAAGUGAACUUUUUUCAAUUCUGCUCCGUUUUAGGCGACCACGGUUUGUUUUCACCACAGAUAUCGAGAAAAUGUAUCGUCAAGUUUUGAUAAAUCCUGAAGAUCGGCGUUAUCAACUUAUCAUUUGGAGAAGCAGUCCAAAUUCUACGAUUCGUUAUUAUCAGCUAAACACAAUUACAUAUGGAACUCGAGCAGCUCCUUACCUAGCAACAAGAUGUCUGUAA